AUGAAGCUCUUCCAACUAUUCGCCUUCGUCCUGGUUGCACUGCAACUACAAUCUGUGUUGUCAGCAGAUGACCAAUGUGCCACAACCAAUCUUUACAAGUGUCCCUCAACCACUUGUAAUUCAACAAUCUUGGUCAAGGAUUGUCUUGAGUGUGACGGAUUCUUGAGCACUGACGCAAUCACUGAAACUUGCUUCGACCGUAAACUACUCAAUGGCAAAGAUAACCCGUCUGAAGACUAUCUCUGGCGUGAUGUUGCUGGACUAAUCCUCUGGUUUUGUGCCGCAGGCAUCGCCACAGCAUGUGGUGUAGGUGGAGGAGGUAUCUACGUCCCAGUUGGUAUCCUCCUUUUGAACUUUAUGCCAAAGCCUUCCAGUGGUCUGAGUCAAGCAAGUAUUUUUGGAGCAAGUCUAGGUGGGCUUCUUCUAAACAUUCGAGACAACCAUCCAUUCACUGUGAAGUGCGAAUACCGCCCUAGUGAGCAAGGUGGUACCAAAAUCGAGUCUUGUGAAAUGGAUGCACCACCCGAUACCGACAAGGUCAAGUACUUCAGCCGGCCAUUGAUUGACUUUGACAUGGCACUCUUCCUUGCGCCAAUGGAGAUGGCAGGUGCUGUGCUUGGAGUCAUCGUGCAAAAGCUAUUGCCAAAUUGGCUCUACUUGACCUUGGCAGCAAUCAUUCUCGGAUUCACUGCUUACAAGACAUACAAGAAAUUCUUCGACACACGCGCAAAAGAAACUGCAAAGCGAGAAGCCGCAGCUGCCGCCGCCGCUGCCGAGUCCGAUGCUCCAGAAGGCCCAGAAGACACGAACGACGUUAAAUCGGCCGGCGAGACAGACCAAGCUGACGAAGAACACCAUGAAGAGAGCGAGACCGUUGACGAGCUUGCUGUUGGAGACAGCGAUGGGGCAGAGAUGGAAGCCACUCGCGAGAAGCUUCUGCUGAAGGAUGCACGUCAGCUCCCCGGAGAGAAAAUCAUUGGAUUGAUUGUUCUGUGGUUUGGUUUGAUUGCAUUGACCUUCCUCAAAGGAGGAAAGGGGGUUGAUUCCGUUAUUGGAAUUACCUGCGCAUCGCCAUGGUAUGGCGUCCUGAUUGGAAUUCAAUUCCUCUGGACUAUGGGGAUUUCAUGCCUCUUUGGCUGGAGAUUGACAAAGCAGACUGCGGAAAAGAAAAGAGUGAACUAUCCAUUCCAUCCGCAAGAUGUGCUUUGGGACUUUGAAAAGACUAGGUUCUACGCCUUCUUCACUUUCAUCGCUGGUAUUGUUGCCGGUCUAAUCGGUAUUGGUGGUGGUAUGGUAUUGGGUCCGCUUAUGUUGGUGAUGGGAAUUCACCCACGAGUAUCAAGUGCUACAACCGCUACAAUGGUUGUGUUGACAUCAAGUAGUGUCGCAGUGCUAUUCGUCACAGCUGGAAUGGUUCCAUGGCAAUAUGCAGUUACAUUCUUCAGCACUUGUUUCUUUGGUGCCUUAAUUGGAAAGAAGUAUAUUGAUGGAUACGUGAAGAAAUCAGGGAAAGCAAGCAUUCUAAUCUUCAUGCUUGCGACCAUCAUUGCUUUUGCCACUGUUGGUUGCAUCGUCACGGUGCUAAUACGACUAUCUGAAAGCAACUGGUGUCUGGAAGGAUUCAAGCAGUUCUGCAUUGUUAAGGACGAAGAUUCCGACGAAGACAUGUGCAUGAUCAACAAAGCUUUGAGGCUGUAG